CGCCUUACAAUGGCACAGAAUGAGCACUGCGUUCAAGCCUCCUUCCUGUAAAUGAUAGGACCAAACAAGGCGGUGUGAUGAACAUGCCACUGCAUCAAAUCUCUGUCAUUCCAGCUCAGGAUGUUACCUCUUCCAGAGUCUCCAGGAGCAAGACCAAAGAAAAAGAGGAACAGAAUGAGAAGGCUUUGGGGCAUUCUGUGAGCCGCUCUAGUAACAUCUCAAAGGCUGGAAGUCCAACCUCUGUGUCUGCCCCUCACAGCUUCUCUCGGACUUCUGUUACACCAUCCAACCAAGACAUCUGCAGUUCCAGUGCAGUGUUUUCUGAGUGUUGUCAUCACAGUCCAGUGCAGUCUGCUGUUGUCUUGAAAAAUCCGCACUGCCAGAGCCCUAUGACACAAGGGGUCACUGUGACAGUAAUCUGUCAGGACACGUUACACGCAGCAAAGAGAAACUCCCGUGGGCAGGAUCGGGGCCAGGCACUCAGGUCUGCUAAGAACGUAAAGCCCACCCGCGCCCUGAAAUUCUCCAAGUCCCUCAAUGACGUGGACCAGAAGGCGCAGAGCACCAGCGAGUGCUUUGAUUAUGUGGAGCGGACACGCUCAGAAGGCAAACUGACCCUGAAUCAAGAGCAGUGUUUAAGGAUUAACAAAUUUCAUCUUAAAGAGAGGAAACCGCUGAAUCUCAGGCCUCUUUCUUUUAGCAAUUCUAAGCACUCCUAUAUCCCUUCCCUUUCCAACUACUCAAGUGCAUCGGGAGGAGCAGAGAACCACAGCGCUGUACAUAUCCCCCUGCUGGAGGACAAGGUGGACCAUGACUCCUCAAGGAGCAAAAAACUGUUGCGGUACCUUUUUUCCUUCUCCCACACCUCCAGCAUCAGCAGCCUGCAUAAAUUUCAUGAACUGGAGAGCUAUUCCAGUCACUUCCAAGCUGACAAAUCCUCCAGCAUGCUGGUGGAAAGCACAGACUUCUGCUCUGAUGAUAUGGGAGAUGAUGACGUCUUUGAGGACAACACCUCAGUGAAACUCAAAACAAAAGAGCAGCGGGCACCACUCUGUUCAGUUGAGAAGGACAGUGACCUUGACUGCCCUUCCCCCCUCUCAGAAAAGUUACCCCCUCUCUCCCCUGUGUCCACAUCAGGGGAUACCUGCAGGAUAUGUCACUGUGAAGGAGAUGAUGAGAGCCCUUUGAUUACCCCCUGUCACUGCACGGGAAGUCUUCAUUUUGUGCACCAGGCCUGCCUGCAGCAAUGGAUCAAGAGCUCGGAUACACGAUGCUGUGAACUGUGCAAGUAUGAGUUCAUCAUGGAGACAAAACUGAAGCCUUUGAGAAAGUGGGAGAAACUGCAGAUGACAGCCAGCGAGAGGAGGAAGAUCAUGUGCUCUGUAACAUUCCAUAUCAUUGCCAUCACCUGCGUUGUGUGGUCUCUCUAUGUCCUGAUAGACAGGACUGCUGAAGAGAUUAAACAGGGACAAACUACCGGCAUUCUAGAGUGGCCAUUUUGGACUAAGCUGGUAGUUGUGGCUAUUGGUUUCACUGGAGGACUUCUGUUCAUGUAUGUACAAUGCAAGGUGUAUGUACAGCUGUGGAAGAGACUUAAAGCUUAUAACCGAGUAAUAUAUGUACAAAACUGUCCAGAAACUAGCAAAAAGAAUAUUUUUGAAAAACCUGCACUAAUGGAGCCAAACUUCGAAAGUAAAGAAAUGUUUGGUGUUCACCAUUCAGACACAAACUCUUCACAUUACACAGAGCCAGAAGACUGUGCUGCAGAAAUCCUUCAUGUCUGAUUUCUGGGUGGAAGGAGUAUUUCCAUAUGUCCUUGAAGAUUUGAAUAUCAUUGUUUACUGCAAACUGCUCUACCUUUUUAACAUCAGCAAACAGCUGAGGGCUGGCGGAUGAAUUUUUUACAUUUGUGGGUUGUUUUUUUUUUUAGUUUGUUUUUUUUUUUUGGUUGGAAUUUUUUAAAAUCCCUUAGGCAUAUCUGUCAAUGUCAUCAUGGUUGCAUACCUCUCAACAUUUUGUGUCUCCUACUGGCUGAUCAAAGAGCCACAGGAUGAGGCAUUCACAGGGUAGAAUGAGCCUUGGGUUUGGUAUCAAGGAAGUCGCUAGCGAGCUGUCAUCAGUUUCAUGGAGUCUGUACCUUUAAAACAUGACUCUUAAGUGAUUCUGGAGGAUGUGUAGUGUGGCGUUGGUUGGUUGGUCUGUUCUGUAUGUGUGAUGAAGGAGGUUGUCCCAGACAGUGAGAGAAAUGUGAGAGUCUUAUCUACCACUAACACUGCCACUAACAGUGUGUCUCAAACAGCAGGUGUAAAAUUUUGCUUUACAUAUUGCAAUGAGACUUACAAAGCAUAUAGCACUUUUUAAAACCUUUAUUUUGUGAUAUGUAUGUCAAAUGAGAAUGAAACUUGAAAGAAUGUGUCAUUUUUGAAAUAUUUCUUCAUUCUUUACCCCAUCUAUUCUUCUGAAACAUAAACCUCUUGCCUUAUGAAAAAAAAAAAAUUAAAUUUCAGCCUGUGAUUCCCCACACAUGCCCACAUUAUCUUACUAAAUGUAACACUAAAAAAUUCUGCCUCUUUGGGUUUCCUUUGAGGAGCAAUUUUCUUCAAGGGAUAUUGCACUUGUGACUUGUGUAUGAGGAAUAGUGGAUGUGUACAAUGUUUGUUUCCAGUGAUUUCAGUGCUCUGCUUUGGGGAUUGGUUUUGAUUUUUUUUCCCAACAGGUCAAACCAUCAACAUACCUGCACAUAUAUACCUGAUGUGGCUUUCAUUCCAAACCAUUGGCAAAGGGUUUGUUGCUAUAUUGAUAAAAAUGUGAGCUGUUACAGAAAAGAGGAAACUUGGUCAAUACAGCUGAAACUGGUUUUCUUUUUUUA